UAAAGCCGGGCGGGGAGCGUGAAACAAAGCAGUCGGAUCGGAAUUGGACUUGGGGAACGUGGUGUGGAGUCAAGCGUAAAACUUGUUGGAGGGGAGUCACGAGCCUGCUCCUCCAGCUCUCCUCGUCCGAGCCGUGCUUCCGAGGUUCCCACCAGCUUUGCAAUUUAUUUUUUUAUAUCUGCUUUUUAUAGAGAGAGAAAUAUAUAUAUAUAUUUUCCUCUUAAAAGAAAAAUUUCUGUUCUAAGAGACAAUAAGACAAGAUCAAUGAAGGAGAGAAGAGCCAGCCAGAAAUUAUCCAGUAAAUCGAUCAUGGAUCCUAAUCAGAACGUGAAAUGCAAGAUAGUAGUGGUGGGAGACAGCCAGUGUGGGAAAACCGCGCUGCUGCACGUCUUCGCCAAAGACUGCUUCCCCGAGAAUUACGUCCCUACAGUGUUUGAGAAUUACACGGCCAGUUUUGAAAUCGACACACAAAGAAUAGAACUGAGCCUAUGGGACACUUCGGGUUCGCCUUAUUAUGACAACGUCCGGCCCCUCUCUUACCCAGAUUCGGAUGCCGUGCUGAUUUGCUUUGACAUCAGUAGACCAGAGACUCUGGACAGUGUCCUGAAAAAGUGGAAAGGUGAAAUCCAGGAGUUUUGUCCCAACACCAAAAUGCUCAUGGUUGGCUGCAAAUCCGAUCUUCGGACCGAUGUCAGCACAUUAGUGGAGCUCUCCAACCACAGACAGACACCAGUAUCCUAUGACCAGGGAGCAAAUAUGGCCAAACAGAUCGGAGCAGCCACUUAUAUUGAAUGCUCAGCGUUACAGUCGGAAAAUAGCGUCAGAGACAUUUUUCACGUCGCCACCUUGGCCUGUGUAAACAAAACAAAUAAAAACGUUAAGCGGAACAAAUCGCAGAGGGCCACAAAGCGCAUUUCCCACAUGCCCAGCAGACCAGAGCUCUCGGCAGUCGCUACGGACUUACGGAAGGACAAAGCGAAGAGCUGCACUGUGAUGUGAACCCCCCGUUACCCUUACCGAGGGCCAGGAAGCUUAGUGUAAAAACCAACAACACAACGAAAAGGUGAAGUCUGAAUGAAGUGCACAGCCAAAGUCACAUAUUCCGGAGGCUUAGGAGGCAUUUGAGAGGAUGCUCAUCUUUUUGGAAUCCUGUCCUUAGUUUCGGCAUGUAGAACAGGUGGUGAGAAGGGAAUGCAUUGAAGAGUUCUGGUGGGACUUGAGAAAUAUGCCAAAAAAGAGAGAUUCAGAUGGGCUAGAGGUAGGUGAGGAGGCAUGCGAGUACCUCCAAGAAGAAAAAUCCCGCUCCGAAUGGUGCUUGCAUUAUUGUUUUCUUUGUUAUAAUCUAUUCAUGAAUCUCUACUUUGAUUUAAUUUUUAAGUGUUUUAAUCUCCUUUGCAAAACGUAUAUAUUAAUAUACCGUCCUCAUUGGGGAACUGGCACUGUGACCUUAGCGUUUAGUUUUCUAGAGGAUGUGAUCUAAUUUCCUUCUAGCUCAUCAUUAAAAUGGAAAUUGUAUCAGGACCCGUGGGAUAUCCAGAGGAAAAGUUUGUGAGGCUUUGAAAUCUUGCCUUCCUGGAGAUAGCUGAGUGAAAUGGCUCUAAGGAAAGGCUUUUGCAGUCUUGCCAAAUAUGCAGACGGUCAAAUAGAAAACAAGUGUUGAUUUUCAUUCAGUCUGAUGGUUCUGUUCAUCAUUGUGAUUGUCAUUAAAAAGUGGUAAAUUGCUCAAGGUAAUAUUUUUGUGUGCUGUUUAGAAAAGAAGGUGUGUGAUUUUUUUAAUUUUUUUUUUUUUUUGCCAUCGUUAAUGAAAAUG